AUGCCUGCAGCCACAAUGGCAAUCCCUUCCGAGUUAGGCUCGAAUUGGCUCUUGGAGUGUCUGAGGGGUCCUCAUCAGGAGACGCAUGAUAGCCGUCAGCUCUCUGAGCAUUUGGCGGCUAGCCGUCAACCCUCUAAGUCGGCCAGCCGAGAGGCGUGCGCGCAGGAGUUGGUGCUGCGGCGCGGGUGGGAGGCGAUGGUGGCACGGGUGGUGGGGUCCGAUGGGCACAGCUGGCUCAAAUACGGCCAGAAGCAAGUCAAGGGCUCCUCUGCUACCAGGUGCUACUACAGGUGCGCCCGCGCCAAGUCCAUCUCGCGCUGCCAGGCCAAGAAGACCGUUGACAUCACCUGCAGCAGCGAGCCUCUCUCCCUCGACGCCAUCCAAGUCACCCACCGCUGCCGCCUCCACAACCACCUCGCGCCCCCCUUGCGUCCCAUCCACCGUCCGCCCACUCCCCACGUCCUCUCCAGUAACCCCUCCUCCUCCAAGUGUGUCAACAAGGUCCCACUCUCCAGUAACCCCCCUGCCUACCGCACUACCAAUCACUUGGACAAGAGGCCUCGUACUUACAGCCCUGAAGACCUUCACACCGGCCGUGCUUCUGACUGGCGUUUCAACCUCGCGGCUUCACAUGGUGGGGUGUGCUUAGAGAAUGAUCUGGGCAUUUCACCUGCGCCCAACGCCAUUCGCCCGUGUGAACCUGCUGACGGUCUGAACGCCAUGGCGAGCGAUUUCGGUGCGCCUGUGAGCGCUCUGAGUGCUCUGGGUGUUGAUUCUGUUGGGGCUAUGAACAUCCCGACAUUGCAAAAUGUCAUUCGCCCGUGUGAAUCCGGUGGCGGUCUCAACGCCCUGGCGAGUUAUUUUGGUGCGGCUCUGAGCGCCCUGGGUGCUGAUACUGUUGGGGCUCUGAACAUCCCGACAUUGCAGAUUGGGACAGCCCUUCUGCACUCUCCCCGGCAGGAGGAGCAAUUAUCCGAAUUCUGUUGCCUGCCUGAGUGGGACUUCCCCCCACUCUCUCCCCUGCCGACUCACCUCCACUCAUCUCCUCCGUGCCUGGCUGGGCUUAUCCCCGUUAAGAGCUGCUCCACUGACCUCAACGGUGCUGCUGCGGUUGACACGUCGAGGUCUAAAGUUUCUCUGGAAUCUUGCCGCUCUCGGAUGUCAGACGCUGGAAGCAGAUCACAGCCGUCGAUUGUACGCUGA